AUGGAAAAUAAAAACGUGGAUUGUCUUUCAAGAGCUCCUCUUACACAGACUCACUCUACUAAUGACAAGAAAAUCGGAAAAGAGGUACACCAAAUCUGCAGCCAAGUUAUUUUUCAAAUUUCAAGCCAUGAAAUCACAGCUGAAAUCAUUAAGAACGAGACAGCCAAAGAUCCAGUGCUCUCUAAGAUUUUGAAAGACCUACUCACCAAUUCAACUGAUUCUGAUUUUACGUUGGUCGAAAACAUUAUUUUCCGAGGAGAAAGAGUUUACAUUCCAUCACUACUUAGAAACAAGAUUCUAAAUGAACUUCACGAAAGUCAUCUUGGAAUCACAAAAAUGAAACAGCUAGCACGGCGCUAUGUUUACUGGCCAAAUAUUGACAAGGACAUUGAGCAUCUUGUGAAAGGAUGUGAAAAUUGUGCACUAACACGGUCAAAUCCGCCCAAAGCUCCCAAUCACCCGUGGGAAAUUCCAAAAGAGAACUGGGAAAGAAUACACAUUGACUACGCAGGACCGUUUCAAGGCUUCAACUUCCUCGUGUGUAUUGAUGCUAGAUCAAAAUGGGCGGAGAUAAAAGUAAUCAAAGAUGCACCAUCCAGCUCCAAUACCAUAAAUCUGCUUGAACAGAUUUUUGCAACACACGGCUACCCGAAUGUUAUGGUAUCUGACAACGCCUCAAUUUUUCAAAGUGAUACAUUCCAAGCUUAUUGCAAAUUGCACGGCAUUUUCCAGAAAUUCAUAUCUCCAGGACAUCCAGCAACAAACGGCUUAGCAGAACGCUCUGUUCAAACAUUGAAGAACCGCCUGAAGUCCACAGCUUCGGAAAACAUACCAAUGGCAAUAAAGGUCCAGAAGAUCUUAAUGCGGUACCGGGCAACUCCUCUAGCAUGUGGCAAAUCACCGGCUGAACUUUACCUCCACAGGAAGUUAAGAAUACGAAUGGAUGCCAUUUUUCCCAACGUACAAAAAGCUUCAACUAGAAAUGCUCCAUCUGCACGUUCAUUCAACGAGGGGGAGAGAGUUCAGGUUCGUCUCUUCAUAAACAACAAGAACGUUUGGGAGUUUGGAGAAGUAAACAAAAAGUUGGGAACUCGACACUAUCUAGUUUUCCUUGACAAGUCAGGCCGACUUGUUAAACGACACAUUGAUCAAUUGUGGUCUGCUUUGAUACCAAAACCAAAAAUUGUUACCACUGGACCAAUCCACAUAUUUGAUGUUCCAGGGGCUUCUAAACACAGCACAAAAGAAAAUGCUAAGGCUGUUACUUGUUCUAAUCCUGAAAGACUGUCAAUUUCUGAAAGACCAUCAACUCCCUUAAGACCAUCAACUCCUGAAAGACCAUCAACUUCCGUAAGACCAUCAACUUCCGAAGGACCAUCAACUUCCGAAGGACCGUCAAUUUUCGAAAGACCACCAACUCCCAAAGCAAACAAUGCAGAGGUUCCAGUAGUUCAGGGAACAGAAACGAACAAUAGCCAUACUCCUGAGAAUCAAGAAAGAUCAAGGCGACAAAGGCAAAUGCCGGGCCGAUACAAGGACUUUGUGCUUUCAUAA